AUGUUCUACGGAGCGACAGUUUGGGAUCCAUGGGUAAUUGUUGCUCAAAUCGUGUGCCUUCAGUGUCUGUAUUACCUGACGCUUGGGGUGUUCCUGUCGGUUCUUGUUGGGACUCGGGUUUCGAAGAUGACCCUUGUGUAUUUUUUUGAUUUUGCUACGGUUACGGCCUCUACAGCUACUGGCUGGUGUGUGAUGGCUUCUAUCCUUCUAAGCUCUGUUGCUGGAGCUGGGUUUUUAUUCUAUUUAGUGGAAAGAGCAUAUAAAUGCCUGGACUUCUGUGCAACCCUUUAUAUAGUCCACCUAUUCAUUUGCAUUAUGUAUGGAGGUUGGCCCUCUUCGAUGACUUGGUGGGUUGUGAACAUAACGGGUCUAGCUGUGAUGGCACUAUUAAGUGAACGUCUUUGCAUGAAACGGGAAAGGAGAGAAAUCCCCAUGUCAAGAUAUCGAUCAACUGCUUGA